CAAGCACCUGCCUGACAACAAGUAAACAACGGUGCACCGUUGGAAAAUUUGUUUUCUAUUGUACUAUUUUAACCGUUACAAUGGCGCUUCACGAAAAAGUGAUGAAAGGGGAUAUAUCCGAUUUUGCAAACCACAUGAAGAAAAUGGUAAAUAGUAAAGAAAACAGUGAUAUUAAAUUUAUGAUCGGUCCAAAUAAACAGUCAGUAUAUGCACAUCGUUGCAUUCUGUCCUCAAGGUGCGCCGUGUUUAAAGCCAUGUUUUCCGAGCAUGUCGGCAAUAACAAACAUACAACCAAUGAUAAAGAUGUACCUCUUGUUCUCACAGAAACAUCACCAGAAGUAUUUCUUGCCAUGUUGGAAUUUAUUUAUACCAAUUGUAUUUCUAUUUCCUCUAGAAUAGCUGUUGAUGUUUUAGCUUCUUCAUUAGAAUAUGGUUUAGAUGAGUUGAAAAGGUUAUGUUCAUCGUACCUUGUUGAGAUUUUAAAUACAAAUAACGCUUGUGAUACGAUGCAAGCUGCAGUUUUAUACAGCCAAGAUGAUUUAAAAGAUAAAACGCUUCAAUUUAUAGAUCAACAUACAGCGGAUGUGUUUAGAUCUAAAGGGUUUCAAGAAUUAUCAGCUGAUUCGCUGGCCACCAUAUUAAAAAGUGAUAAUUUAGCUAUUGAUGAAAUGGAAUUAUAUAGAUCUGUGAAAGAAUGGGCAACAGUAAAUUCGGCUGUGGAUGGUAAACCAAUAAAAGAAGUUGGUCAGCAGUUUGUCAGUUUAAUUCGUCUACCUCUUUUUUCACCAGAAGAACUUGCAAAUUUAGAAGAAGAAAAUAAAAAAGAAAACUUUAUACCGGUUGAAUCAUUUGCAUUUGCGUGGAAAGUUCACGCACUUAAACAUGGAGAAAAGGGAAACCCCCUCACUACUAAAAGGAAAGGAACGAAUCCCAGAGAUGUUCAUAAAUAUAUAGAUAAUUCAAAAUAGACAUUUGACUAUUGAUUAGUGCGACAAUGAAGCUUGCGUUUUAAUACUGUAUCCAUGAUAAAGCUGCGAAAAUGUGAAAUGGAAUUUCUGUACAUUAUAUAUAAGAAAACAAUUUCUUCUUGUAAAUAAUUAAAAUUUUAUAGAGGAGGCUUUAUCUAAAGAUAGCAGGGUAAUGAUUGUGAUUGGUGCAUGCACAACAUGACAACGAAUAGUCUCUCUCUCUCUCUAUUCUGAAAUUUUAUAUCUUCCAUAUGCAACUUUUGCCAGUCCCCUUGAUAUUAAUAAUAUGCAUUGACACUGGACCCAUUCAGCAUUGCAUCUGUCUCGUAUAAACUGAAAAAGGUUUUUCGAGAAUUACCUAUACGACAGGUAUUUUAAUGUAGCAUUUGCCAACUUAAAGAUGCAUUAUGUAAGAAUUAGAUAAAGAGCUGGAGGUUCUUGCUAUAUUAGUUCCAAAAAAGGUAAUGAAAAUUGAAUACAUGCAUAUUGAAAAUUUAAGUCAGAUUACUUCAGUCUGAGCAAAGUUAUGGGUGCUUGAAGUUUUGACAUGUGGCCUUAAUUGUCAAGUAACAUUGCAACGAUAAUCCAAAAAAGUCUUGAUUAUCCAAUCUAACAUUAAAUGGCGCGGGUGUUCUAAUCCAUUCAAUAUCUUGGUCACCCGAUGGUACAGAGAGUUGGUUUUGACCUUGCCAUGUGAAUGAAUGUCUAAAUAGUAAUUUACAUAACAUUGAGGUCAGAAAAAGGACCUGCAAUAGGCACAUGUAGCUCUCACAUAAUGCAUCUUUAAUGAUAAUAUAGUUUUAAUCUUCUUUUAAAGGUUUUGCAAUUCAUUUAUCACAUGAGAAAAUUAAAUAUGUACAUAGUAAAUCAUUCAUCAGUGCUUGCAAUCCUUAAAAGUCGUCAUUAGUGAUAAUUAUAUACAGUCUUGGUAUUAAGUUUAUUUUAUGUAAAAAAAAUAUCCAAUAUAGAAUUUAUUUAUUUAUUAAAUAUAUUGUAAUGCA